UUUAUUUUUGAAACAGUGUUUGUCGAAUCUCCAAGAUGUUGGAUUCUUCGGUUUGUCAUUAAGAUUAAGUUUCGUGUGUUUUGGAAGAAAGUCAGAAAAGGGUUGUUCCCUUCAAAAGAUGCUGAGUCAACAAAAUUGUUUAUAAGUCUUUUAAGCUGUAUGCAUGUUGCAUCUGAUUGUGCUGGUGCUUGA